AUGAUAAUUUUAAAAAUUAUAACGAUUUUUCUAUUUCCUAUUUAUUGCGAUUUAAUGAGUUGUUCUCAAAUUUGUACGAUGGAAUUUAGACCAAUUUGUGUGGCAGAUCGUUUCGGAAACUUGCACACUUUUUCAAACCAAUGCGAGUUUGAAAAUCACACGGACUUUGGUGAUAUUUGCGCAUACAAAACGGAAUGCCACGAACAGUGCGAAAAUGGUUGUUAUACAUGGAGAGAAUCUCUUAAUACAUCUUGCCAAUUAGUUUGUAAUAGUACUAAUGGAAGCUUAACGCCUCAUCAAAUAUAUUGUCUGAUCGGUUGUAACGAUGGAGUAUCGAUUUUUCGCGGAAAAAUGCAAUCGCAUCUCGGAUUACCACCGCCACCAGUUCUUGUAGCCGAUUCAUUAACAUCCACGUCGCUUCGAUUAGAAUGGAAUUACGACAAAGCGGAAAUGCCUGGUUUGAAAUUCCUGAUCCAGUGGAGAUACGAAGAAAUGCAAUCGACUUGGCAAUUUUACAAGAGAACCAAUUGGAUGCCGAAAGAUAUUUUUUUUACCGUCGAUAAUCUUCAGCCUUACACCAAAUAUAGAUUUCGAGUUGCAAUUUUAAUAUACCAAUUAAAUGAGCCGAUAUUUUCCGCACCGAGUGUUGUUAUGAUGACUCUUCCUCAAGGCGCUCCGAUGUCGCCUCCGGCUUCUGUACGAGCGGUUCCGGUGGAUUGUACUCGCAUAAGUGUUAGCUGGACUCCCGGUUCCUUCCCCAACGGUCCAAUCCUCUCCUAUGUCGUCAGGUUGAUCGACUUAGAAACCAACAUAUCAGCAUUUAAGGACGUUCCAGCUGAAAGAACAUCUGAUAUAAUAAGUUCUUUAAGACCCGGAAGUCGAUAUAACGUAUCAGUUAGAUUAACCAAUAUUGAUGGAACAGGACCUGCGGCUUUUGCAUCUGUAACCACGCCAUUAGAAACAACAGUUAAAGAUAUUCAAGGACCUGUACUUAUAAUAGGAACCGAUAAAGAAAUUGUUGAGCAAGGAGUCGAAAUAACAGACGAACCAAUAAUAUUAUACAACAACACCGAAGAAAAUGUAACGAUAAAAGGAGUUGCUAUACAUGUAAGAGAAAAGUUACUCUUUAUAUCGGAUUCAACGCGUCACAUCUAUAAGAUGCCAUUAAAUAAAUCUGCGAAUUUGCAAAAAAUCGCGAUUAUAUCUCCGAAUCAAACCAGCGUUCAACCGCUUGAUUUAUCAGUGGAUUGGUUAAAUAAGCAAUUGUAUAUUUUAGUUGAAAAGAAAUUCAAAUUGAACUCUUCGAUUUCGAAUAUUUGGUCUAUAAUGAGAUGUGAUUUUAAUGGACAAGGUUUAACUGUAGCGGUUGGAGGUUUGCAAAUAAAACCGCAUCACAUCGAGGUUGAUCCUUAUAAUGGAUAUCUAUUUUGGAUUUUUGACGAUAACCGUUCGAGAAGUAAUCUAUUUAAGUUGGAUUUAUCCGAUAUAAGUAACGGGAUCAAGCAUGAAAAUCAUCCGGAAUUAAUAUUUUCCGAGAAAAAUCUUGGAGCUUUUAUAGUUGACCAUACCAAUUUUAAACUGUUGGUUUCAAAUCAAAAUAAAAAAACGGUCAAUUCGGUUUCAUUGGAUGGAAAUGAAAUUCAAGACGUUCGACCGAAAAUUUCAAAUUCAAUUUUAGAAAAAGUUAUUUCUUUAGCGACUGCGAAUAAGAAAUUUUAUUGGACUGAUGGUUCUCAAGUUUUUUAUGAAGAAUAUCACGCUGCCGAUGAGAUUUAUUUUCAAAAUUCAUUUGGAGCGUUAAUGAAAGCGAGUUAUUUGAAAGUAAUUAUUAACAUGCCGAGUUCUCAACCGGUGCCGGUUCCUGUAAAUCCUCCAACUCAAGUCCAAGCGAUUUUCGGAAAUAACCGGGCAAAAAUAGCUUGGAAAAUACCCCAUUUACUCGGUGGUCAAGGAAAAGGAGCUUGGCAAAGUUGGCUUUACGAGAUAUCAGUAAAAGAUUUAAAAAAUAACGACGUAAAAAUUUAUCAGAAUAUUACCGGAACUUGUUUUACAAUUUCAAAUUUAUCUCAAGAUACCGAUUAUGUUAUAAAAGCUGCCGCUUAUACUUGUUCAGGAAAAGGACCAUGGUCAACUGAAUUUAAAGGAAGAACUUUAAAACGUUAUAAGAACUUAAAUAAUCCCAUCAUUUUAUGGUCCACAUCAAAUGGGUUAUCGAAAUCAGAUGUGAUCGGCGAAAAUAUGGAAACACUUAUUGAUAAAACGGAAAUGAAAAAUUUUAAUUUUAUCGGAAGUAGUUGGUUUAGGGACGAAAUUUAUUUAUUAACAAAUCUUUCAGAAGUUUACAUUUAUAAUUUAACGUCACACCAAAAACGAAUUUUACCCAAACUAGAUAACGAUGUUAAAAGCAUCGCGAUCGAUUGGAUCGGAAAAAGAUUAUAUUGGUCCAAACAACAAUGGAUUAUGAGAGCGAAUCUAACUGGUGGAAGCAAAGAACCACCAAUUGCUGCCACAGCAAAUGAAUUAGUUAUCGAUUCUUUAAGAGCUUACCUUUAUUGGUCAACCGGUUACGCUAUAACCUGCUCAAGAUUAAACGGUGAUAACCAAUUAAUCCAUUAUUACAUUGAUAGAGAAUUUUCUGGAAAAAGAGUUAUGGGUUUAACUCUAGAUAUAGAAAAUAAAUUCGUUUAUUGGAUUGUAAGAGGUUCGGAUGGAGCGAAUCUUUUUAAAGGGGCUUUAGCAGGAACCAUCAUCGAUAAUGAACCCAACUCCAUGAUUUCGAGUAUCCAAAAACCAGACGUUAAAGGUUACCUUUCAUACUUUAAUAAUCGAUUUUUAUGGCAACAAGACGACGAUAACGCCGUUAUCAGUAAUUUAGAAGGAAAGAAUAUAGCCGUUUUAAACGCCGAAAGUUUUACCGAUCUUCAUAUGAUCAGCGUUUUGGAUCCAGCAAGCCGUAAAAUCUCAAAUCAUAUAAAUGUUACCCUCGAAAAUAUUAACGUUAUACCAGACAUAGUCGAUAAGGAUUCACUUAAAGUUGUAGGCGAUUGGAAAUUUUUCAAUAUAACUUGGAAACCCGUCGAUAAUGUUAAUUAUGGAAGCGUUUUUUAUGAGGUGAAAUUUUCAGAUCGGGAUGCCACGAUCGUCCAUCAACCCAGCAUUAAUUACCCUUACAGCGUCGACCCAUAUUCAAAAAUUCAAAUAUCAAUAAGAUCUUGUACGGAUUGGACUUCUGCGCCUCAAAUAAUAGCCUCAAUUCGUUCUCCGUCUUCCCCACCGGAAGAACCACAAAAUUUACGAUCUUUCGUUACUUACAAGAAACAGUAUGACCUAAUCACCAAUAUAACGAUAACAAUUCGUUGGGAUGAACCGAUUAAUCCAAACGGAGAUAUAAAAAAAUACAAAGUAUCCCAUUGGGUUUUCAGAAACGAAACGUUUCAAAACAUUUGGGAAGGCGACACUCCACCCGAUAACAAAGAAUACAUUUUAAAUAACGUAACCGAUGAGGUGGUUCUCUUUAAAAUUUUAGCUUACACGGUUAGCGAAGGUUCCCCAGCAACAAUUCAAGUUAAUACAAGUAUAGAAAAUCCGAUUCCUACUUUGAUUUCCAGCGGAGACGAUUCGAUUUAUAUCCAAGAUUUGGAUUCGAAUAAGAGCAAAGAUUUAUUGUAUGGAAUUAGUGCUCCGUUGGAUAUCGGGGUUUUGAUGAGCGAAAGUAAACUGUUUUGGUUGAACGAUAUGCAAGAAUUAUUCGUUUACAAUAUGGAAACGAAAACGAAAAAUAAAAUUCUCGACAUCGGUGAUAACGUCGUUUCUUUAACCGUUGAUUGGUUGGAACGGAGCUUGUAUUUUGUGCAGUUUAAGGGAGAAAAGGAAGGCUCAUUUUUGUAUAAGUUGGAUCUGAAUUUGGUCGAAAAAAACAUUUUAAAGCUCGAAUUUUUGUUUAAAAGACCGACGGUCAUCUCUAAACUGGAAAUUUCACCUUUUACAAGAAAAAUGUAUUGGAUAGAAAACGAUCAAAAUGAUAAAUACGUUUUAAUGGAAAGCGAUGGACAAACGAUAAAUCACUUUUUUAACAAACAACAAAAUCAGUGUAACUGCCCUUUGAGGUUACCAUUGGAUAAAACGUUCACAAUCGAUCAUUCCGAAGAUAAAACGAAUCCGAAAUUUAUUUUCGUCGAAUCGUCAAACGUGAUCAUCGCGGCGGAUAAAUUCGGUUGUAAUUGUGAAUCUAUUACAACAUUAAAUGUAAGCGAUACAUCCUCGUUAAAGUCCGAAUUUAAUAAUUUAUACUUGUUGGACCGGUUUAACAAGGAUCUAUACAUUUUUAAUAAACGUUCGAAAAAAACGAUGUUGGAACACCAAUCGAAAGCGAAGGAAAUGUUAAUUUUUGGAGAUCACGUCCAACCGUAUCCUUCAAAAAAAUGUUUACAACCGAAUUUUGAAAUCGGGCUUUCGCCCAAUUUGGCGAAUCGAACUUGGAAUAGUUUAACGUUAACAAUACCGGAAAUCAAAGCUAAAGAUGAAGAAUGUAAAGGAAUUUCUAUGGCUACUAUUGAGUAUAAAUUGUUUUAUAAAGAGAGUGGAAAUCAAAAUUACACCGUUUUAUCGACUUUUGAUAAAGUUGUUACUAUAAAUAACUUGAAACCUUACACAAAAUAUUCGGUAUCUUUGGGAGCGAGGAAUUAUUAUAGCGAUAAAGAGAAGGAUUUUAAAGGAAUUUGGAAUGUUUUUCAAACAGCUGUUGGUGCCCCAUCCGAACCAAGAAAUGUUACAGUGACCGUUUUAAAUCCAACCUUAUUAAAAGUAUCUUGGCUCCCACCCGAAGAGUUUAACGGCGAUACAAUUUACUACGAAAUUCAUUGGUUAACCGAAACGACCACAUCAGGAAUACGCAAAAAAGGAGAACAAAUCGUGAUGGAAAACGACGUUAGCGUUGGCCAAGAACCAUUUACAACCAACCUUCAAAAAAUGUCUCAAAACGAAACCUAUAUGAUAUGGGUACGCGCUUACAGCCAAAAUAACGACUCAUCAAACGAAAGUCAAACGAUAAAAAUCACAACUUUCCCCGAACCCGAAAAUCUUACUUUAUCAAAUUGUUCAGCAUACGACCUGCAAUUAAAUUGGAAAAUUUCCGAAUACAUCGAAAACUACGUGAUUCAAUACACUUUAUUAAUUUCAAACGAUUGGCAACAAGUUCUUGAUGAAUGGAUUGAAAACGACUUUCUUAACAACGAAACCGUCGUUAGCAUCGAUAUUAAUAAUUUAAAACCGAAAACGCAAUACAAAUUUCGAUUCUUAUUGAGAUAUCCGGAAGAUGAUGGAAAAGAUUACAUUUGGCCGGAUGAUGGACGAUUCGUUUUCGAGACGAAAGGCGAUCGUCCCACCCCGCCGGGAAAACCCGAAUAUCGAAGUAUAAACGGUGGAAAUGAAUCGAAAAUUUGGUGGCAACCAUCGAAAGAUAACGGAGGUCCAAUUGAACUGUACAAAUUGGAAGGAUUGAAAAUGAAAAAUUAUAGGGAGAAGAGAUCAACGAAUCGAUCAGCUUGGUCUUAUAGCGCACCCUCAAUUGAAGAAACCGAGUUUGAAUGGAAAGAAUUUUAUAAUGGAAGUGAAACAUUUUGGAAAAUCGAUGGUUUAACCGAAGAUUAUCGAUAUUCAUUUCGAGCUUUGGCUUUAAACGAAUACGGUUGGUCAGAGCCAAGCGAAGAAAUGGAAUUUGAUCCAACAACGGCGGCACUUUUGGCUGAAAAACCGGAUCCUUUAACGAUGAUAUUAAUAGCCAUUUGUACGCCAAUCGUCAUCUUAAUCCUGGUGACCUGUCUGUGCAUGUUAUGCUGCAGAUGGGAUUGUAGUAAAAACAAGAAGGACGCGCAUAUUAUCGUCCCGAUUAGUAGAAGACCGGACGUUGAAUUGGCCACAUUAAGGGAACUACCAAGAAGAAGUAAUUUUAUACAAAAUACGAACGUAUUGUACGUUUCUGCGCAACCUACACCCGAUGAAAUUAAACUCUUACCUCAUAUAAGAAGAGAUCAAAUAUCUUUAACAAAAUUCUUGGGAAGUGGGGCUUUUGGUGAAGUCUACGAAGGUAAAGCUAGAGGCAUCAGUGAAAACGCCGAAACGAAAGUGGCCGUAAAAACGUUGCGAAAAGGAGCUUCCGAACAAGAAAAAACCGAAUUCCUCCAAGAAGCCCAAUUAAUGAGUCAUUUCAAGCAUAAACACAUCCUUCAAUUGCUUGGAGUUUGCUUAGAUAAUGAUCCUCAUUAUAUAAUUAUGGAAUUAAUGGAAGGCGGAGAUCUUUUAACGUAUUUAAGAGCUUCGAGAAACACUUCUGCGUUAAGAACACCCCCAUUAACGUUGGUAGAACUUUUAAAAAUGUGUUUAGAUGUAACAACAGGAUGUCGAUAUUUAGAAGAGAUGCAUUUCGUUCAUCGAGAUUUAGCAUGCAGAAAUUGUUUGGUGUCUUCGACCGAUUCCGCGAGUAGAAUCGUUAAGAUCGGCGAUUUUGGACUAGCAAGAGACAUUUAUAAGAAUGAUUAUUAUAGGAAAGAAGGCGAGGGGUUACUUCCGGUGCGUUGGAUGGCCCCUGAAUCUUUAGUAGAUGGUGUUUUUACAUCGCAAUCGGAUGUUUGGUCGUUUGGGGUACUUCUUUGGGAAAUUAUGACUUUAGGACAACAGCCAUACCCAGCUAGAAAUAAUUUGGAGGUUUUGCAUUAUGUUAGAAGAGGUGGGCGUUUGGGGAAACCAACAGAUUGUCCUGAAAAAUUACAUGAUUUAAUGCUUCUUUGUUGGAGUUUUGAACCGGAAGGAAGACCAACUUUUAAGUAUUGUUUGGAUACGUUAACUAAACUUCACGAACAAGUUUUAAGAUGUCCGGUAACUAGUGCCCAUACUGGACAAUAUAUUAGCACUAUUCCAGAUCAACCAGAUGGAGUCACUAACCAGCUUUAUUUUCAGGAUUUCAAUCAUAAUCAUUCAGGUACUUCAUGGAAAAGUGAUGAUUCCAGCCGAGAAAUAACCCCAUUUUUGAAUUCCGAUCAAAGUACCCCCGCUGGUAAUGAGACAUCAAAUGGAAUUCCAAAAUACUUAGAGAUAGUUUAUGAUGCAAACGCAGAAGAUAAUGACGGUUAUGAAAUUCCUCGUAAAGAUGUUGUUGACGGACAAGUUGAAGAAAUAAUUGCGAACGGUUAAAGUUAAAAUUGCUCAAAUCGCUUCUGUUCAUUUAAAAAAAGAGUAAUGUAAGUAUACAAAUCGACAAUCAUUUAAUAAAAUUUAAAUAAAAAGAAAAAUACUCGAAGAAUAUAAAGUUAAGUAUGUAGCUUUAAUUAUUUAUAGCCAAUUUCUGACAAAACAAAAUGAUAACUGUGAUAGUAUUGUGUAAAUAUUUCAUCAUUGAACAAGUUUGUCGAUAUUCGUUGUAGAAUAUUGUUUAGAAAAUAAGAAAAAAGUCAAUAAAUUAAAAGUAUUAUAAUUUUUUUUGUAUGUGUGACAGGAAUUUUUUUAUUAAUUUUUAAGGUUUACUUUCACUGCACCAAUUUAUGAUAUUAUUUUAUUUUCUAUUUAAGUUACCUACUUAUAUUAAGCAAAUCUAAUAAAGAAACGUGUAGAUACUG